AUGAUUCAACGAUCACGGCAAUCAUUCUUUAGACCCCUGUAUGACUACAUCAUUAGACCCCUGUUACGAUUUUUGAUAGCAUUCCGGGAACUUGGACCAAAAUACUUGGACAAUCGAGCCUUUAGUUCUGCUAAAAGAAAUCGUCUGCAGCCGAGGCAACUGCAAGCGCUGAUAGAGAUGAAAAAGCAGAGAGAAGAAGUUCUGAAGAAAGAAGAAAAAAUUAGAAAGAUGUUCGAGAAAGAAAAAAAGAAACUACAACAAUUAGAGGAGCAAAAGCUCAAACAGCAACAAGAGCUUGAAGAGAAAAAGUUAUUGCACAAAAAGAAGCGUCAGGAAACCGUGAAACAACAGCGCUUCUCGCGGAAGCAAGAGCAACGCGAGAAGAAACAACGUCAGCAAGAAUUGCAAAGACAACAUGAGCUCAAACUGAAACAACAACGACAGUUACUAGAACAACUUGAAGAUGAGGAUUUCCUAAAUAAAAAUCUAAUGAAAUCAGAGAAACAAUCAGAUAAAACCACGAGUUGUAUUGGCAACGAAAUAAAAACUGAUGUCGUUACCCCUUUGCUGCAGUUUGCCAAACUUAAUUUGUCGGAAUUUGAGUUCGUGAAACAUUUGGAACGAUAUAUUAUGGAACCGAGUUUAUUGCGUCUUUAUGGCUACCCAACGGAGAGUACCUCUCAUGAGGGUUCCAUCGAGAUCUUUAAGUAUCUACCAUAUCAGCCUGCUUUACGAGAAAGCACUUCAAGCGAUUCGGUUAGCCGAAGCAGUACACCCUCGAUUUCAACGGAGUCGGAUUCGGGUUUGGAUUGUGACUCUAACGACACGAGUGAGGAUGAUGAAGACGUCUUGGGAGAAAUCAUGUAUGAUGAGAAAUUCCAGAAAAUUUGUGUGCGCUGUGGACGUCUGUUCUACGUUAACGAUGCAGGUGUAUACUUAACUCACGAAGGUUGCACCUUUCACUGGGGUAAACUAAACCGUACAUUUAACAACAAAGGAGGCUGUAUUACAGAAUACACCUGCUGUUCAGGUUCUAAGGAUUCGGAAGGUUGCACGCAACAUUCAGAACACGUAUGGACUGGUGUUGUGAGUGGUGUAAAUGGACCAUACACUGAUUUCAUGCACACACUUUCACGCUCUACUGAAACAGCUACUGCUGCUAAAGUCUACGCGCUAGAUUGUGAAAUGUGUUUUACUGGUCGUGGACUCGAAGUGACCAAGGUAACCGUGAUUGGCUACGAUGGUCAAGUGGUCUACGACCAUUUGGUGCGACCCACAAUCAGCAUUGUAGAUUACAACACUCGCUUCUCGGGCAUAACUGCCAAUGAUUUAUGUGAAUCGCAGAACACAAGUUUGAAGACGCUAAAAGAAGUUCAACAGGAUUUACUGCAACUGAUUAAAGCUGACGAUGUACUUAUCGGUCAUGGUUUGGAAAAUGAUUUGCGUGUGUUACGAAUUGUACAUAACAAAAUCGUCGACACAGCAUACGAGUUCCCACAUCCGAUGGGUUUUCCAUAUCGUCGUUCGCUUAAGAAUCUGACUAAAAAAUACUUAAAGCGCGACAUACAAUGUGGCAAGGAGGGUCACGACAGUUUGGAAGACACGCAUGCAUGCUUGGAGUUGAUGCUGUGGAAAGUACGCAAAUAUAUUGGUUUGGAGGAAUUAUGAUUAUGUAUUUUUUAUUUUUUAAGCAGUUAGUCGUAGAGACAAGAAAAAGUUGUUAGAUUUAAAAUUGUUAUUAAAGUUGAAAAGAUAUAUGCUGGAAAAAUAUAUACACAUAUUAAAACUGUACAAAUAUUGUUUUGAAAAUUAUUAUUUUAUAUUGGGAAUUGAUAGGACUAGUAGUACUAAAUGGCAAAAUAUGGAAAAUUUAUGAUGACGAUUCAAAAAUGAUGAUUUUUGAUUGCUACAACUCAACUCAAAUAUUGUCCUUCACCAAAAUAGUCUAUUAAUAAAAAUAGACUUGUCUCUGUAAGAAAAUUAGUCGAAUAAUUUUAAUUUUGAUUGUAUUUUACUUCUCUUCGGUUGGAUUAUUCGAUUGAAUAUCGAUUUUCAAGUGGUUUUAGUAUG